AUGUUUAGAGUUUUGGAUAAGAAUAAUCAAAGAUCAGUUUAAAAAAUGAAUUUUUUAGAAGAAUUAAUAUAGAAAUUACUGGACAUAAAUUAGGAGAAUUUUAGAUAUCAUCAAAAGAUUAAGAUAAUAAUUAGAGUUGCACGAUAGAUUUCUAUGAAUUUAAAGAAAUCAUGUAAGAAAUUUUCAGUCUAAACUAUAUAUUCUUACUUUUAGAAUAUUAGGAAUAUCAAAAGCCUUACUAAUAAAAGGACUUAUUUUGUUAAUAAUUUACUUAGUAAUAGUUUUGGCAUUCAUUCUAUUAUAUAAGCAUUUGCCAUUCCAAGUAUUUUUGCUAGAUAUAAUAUAUUUACUAUUAAAGGGUUGUUUUUAAGAAUGAGUAAUCUGAAAAAUACAUACCUUAAUAGAUUAUUGGUUUUGGGUAUAAUAUACAUAUAUUUUUGUUUUAUUCAAAACUACAGCAAAGUUAGUUAUUUUAUAUUUUGA